ACCACCCGAAUCCCAUUCCCGCUAGCAGCUGCGCUUCCACCACUGCUCCGGCGAGGCUCGGCGGCCGGCUGAGUGCAAAAGAUGGAGGUGGCCCUCGGCUUGGCAACGUCGCUCCUCGGCAAGGUUUUGACGACGCUGUCGGACGGCCUGGUGGCGGCGUAUGUGGACAGCCUCCAGCUCGGCCACAACUCCGACCAGAUCAGGGACAAGCUGCUGCACACGCAAGGCCUGCUGCACCUGCACAACGCCCAGGGCCAGGGGAGCCACGUCGGCCACAAACCUGGCCUGCAGCCCUUGCUGGAGAAGCUGAGCAGGGACGCCGACCAGGCAGAGGACUUGCUCGAUGAGGUUCACUACUUCCAGAUCCAUGACAAGCUACACGGCACCAACUACGCCACCACCCAAGAGGCCGGCCAUGAUCUGGACAGCCUUGUCCGCCAUCAAGCUCUCCACGCUGGCAGCGCUCUUCGCCACACCCUAAGCAGCUUGGUACAGUGCUUUUCUUGCUCCCCUACACCCAAGAGGAAUGGUGGUGAUGAAUAUGAUGCUGCUGUUCUUGCCGGUGCACCACGCCGCGUCACCAAUACCCUAGGCACCUUGCUCCACUGCUUUUCUUGCUCUUGUACACCCAAGAGCAAGAGGAAUGGUGGUGAUGAUGAUGCUCCUGCUGCUGCUGUUGCCGGCGUCCGUGGUGAUGCUUCUGCUGUUGCUGCUGUUGCCGGCGUUGGUGGUGAUGCUUCUACUGCUGCUUGUGUUGCCGGCGUCACCAACUCCAACUCUGCUAGUCCUGAUGAUGGUCAUGCGCUGCAUUUCGACCGAGUGUCCAUGUCUAGAGAAAUCAAGUCCGUGUUACAGGGCAUGCAGUCCCACUGUGAUUCCGUCUCCAAUUUGCUCAGCACUAUCCCAAGCAGCAGCACGACAAUAGUCCUAAAGCGGCCUCAGACUGCUUCCAUGAUUAUACAAGAUAGGUUGUAUGGCAGGACAGACAUUUUUGAGGAAACUGUCAACCGUAUCACCACCGUUACCGGUGCCACACGCACUCAGACUGUUUCUGUUCUUCCUAUAGUUGGUCCAGGGGGUAUUGGAAAGACAACUUUCGUCCGACAUCUGUAUAAUGAUGCAAGGACUAAAAACCACUUUGAUGUCCCAGUCUGGGUAUGCGUAUCCACUGAUUUCGAUGUGCUUAAGAUCACCAGGGAGAUCCUUGGCUGCAUACUUGCAGCUCAAGAAGGAGGAAGCAACAGCAGCGUUGCAAAUGAAACAACCAAUUUAAAUCAGCUUCAGAUAUCCAUAGCAGAACGUCUCAAGUCCAAGAGGUUUCUAAUUGUCUUGGAUGAUAUAUGGAAAUGUGACAGUGUGGGUCAGUGGAAAACCCUGUUAGCUCCGUUCACAAAGGGCGAAACCAAAGGAAGCGUGCUACUUGUCACGACUCGAUUCCCAAAGCUAGCAGAAAUGAUGGAAACUGUUAGUUUGGGUUCACUAAAACUAGCAGGUUUGGAGCCUAAUGACUUCCUCACAUUCUUUGAAGCAUGUGUAUUUGAUGAAGGCGACAAGCCUGAGCAUUAUGAAGAUGAGUUUGAUGGUAUUGCACGAAGAAUUGCAAACAAGCUAAAGGGUUCCCCGUUGGCAGCCAAAACAGUUGGUAGACUGUUGCAGAAGGACCUUUCUUGGGUACAUUGGAAUGGAGUUCUUGAAAAGCAUCAGUGGCUAAAGCAACAAGAUGAUGAUGAUAUCAUGCAAUCUUUGAAGAUCAGCUACGACUUCCUCCCCUUUUAUCUGCAGAAAUGCUUUUCCUAUUGUGGCCUUUUCCCAGAAGAUCAUAAGUUUACUUCUUCAGAAAUCAGCCAUUUCUGGGCUGCAAUAGGCAUCAUAUACUCUAAUCACCAAGACAAUAGCGAUUACUUGGAAGAACUAGUGGACAAUGGUUUUCUCAUGAAGAAAUUCGGUUGGCACGAGAAUGAGCAAGGUCCAUACUAUGUAAUGCAUGAUUUAAUGCAUGAGCUAUCUAGGAGUGUUUCUGCACAAGAAUGCCUCAAUAUAAGUGGCUUGGAUUUCAGAGCUGAUGCCAUCCCACAAUCUGUUCGACACUUAUCUAUCGACAUAGAAGACAGAUAUGAUGCAAAUUUUGAGGAAGAAAUGUGUAAACUAAGGGAGAGGAUAGACAUUGCUAAUCUGCGGACUUUGAUGAUUUUCAGAAGAUAUGAAGAAAGAAUCACCAAGAUUUUGGAAGAUAGCUUCAAGGAAAUAAAUAGUCUGCGUGUCCUAUUUAUAGUGGUGAAGUCUGCACAAUCUUUUCCAUAUAGGUUUUCAAAACUUAUCCAUCUCCAGUACCUCAAAAUUAGUUCACCUUACGGAGUCCAAGAAAUGAGUUUACCUAGUACACUAUCAAGAUUUUAUCACUUGAAAUUCUUGGACCUAGAUUGUUGGUGUGGUCGUUCUGAUUUGCCUGAAGACUUUAGCCACCUUGAGAAUUUACAUGAUUUCCAUGCUAGAAGUAAACUCCACUCUAAUAUUCGCAAUGUCGGAAAGAUGAAGCAUCUGCAGGAGCUGAAAGAAUUCCAUGUCAGGAAAGGGAGCAUGGGAUUUGAACUGACAGAACUUGGGGCAUUGACACAGCUUGAAGGAGGGCUGAUUAUACAUGGUCUUGAACACGUGGCAACCAAGGAGGAAGCUACCGCAGCCAAACUGAUGUUAAAAAGGAAUCUGAAGGAGUUGGGGUUACUCUGGGGCAGGGAUCGACCAACUACAGAUGCUGAUAUUCCUGAUGCUCUUCAACCACACUCUAAACUUAGAGUACUUACAAUUGCAAAUCAUGGUGGUGACGUUGGUCCUAGUUGGCUGUGUCUUGACAUCUGGUUAACAAGUUUAGAGACUCUCACUCUAGAAGGCGUAUAUUGGAGAACCCUCCCACCUUUUGCGAAGCUACCAAAUCUCAAGGUACUCGCUUUAAGGAGAAUCUAUGGAAUGUUACAGUUUGGGCCUUGCUGUGGUGGCGCUUCAGGCAAAUGUUUUAUGCGCUUGAAGGAAGUUCAGUUUUAUGAUAUGCCAGAACUUGUUGAAUGGGUUGUGGAACCUAAUUGCUGUUCCUUUGCAAGUCUUGAAAAAAUAGAAUGCACUGAUUGUCCGAAUCUCCGUAUGUUGCCCUUCUCGGAGGCAUGUUGCACCAAUUUGCGUAUAUUUAAAGUUUCUGGGUGCCCCAGGAUGUCUCUGCCCUCCAUGCCUCACACCUCCACACUGACAGAUUUGUUUGUUGAAACAUCAUAUUCAGAAACGUUGUUUUCUUAUGAUGGAAAGAGAUUGGCUGUUACAGGGUAUGGUGGAGCUUUGGCCUCCCACAAUCUGGAUAAAGUAGAAGACAUGGAUAUUGCAAAUACAUCGCGCAUAUCAUUGUCAGACAUUGAAAAGUUGAAAUCCCUAACAGAGCUAACUGUCGGAAGAUGCGACGGUUUGUUCCCUCAAGAGCUGGAUGGCAGUAUUGUCUUGCGUUCGGUUAAGAGUCUCACAUUAGAUGUAUCUCAUCUUACCAGCAGCAAAUCAUCAUCUUCAAAAGUGUUAAACUGUUUCCCUGCUCUUUCUGUGUUGGAGAUAGUUGAAGACGGAAACCAUGACUAUGAGCAAUGUGUAAUGCAGCUCCCAUCAUCCAGCUCACUGCAGAAACUUACCUUUUCACACUGUAAGUGCCUGGUUCUUGUGCCUGUGGAGAAGGAGAAUGGAGGAGGAAUUCAGGAGGACAAAUCAUUGCUCCAAUCAUUAACAAUAUCUGACUGUGGCAAAUUGUUCAGUCGGUGGCCAAUGGGAAUGGGAGAAUCAGAGACCAUUUGCCCUUUCCCUGCUUCCCUGAGAAAACUUGUUGUUGAGGAAGAGCCAAGCAUGAGGUCAAUGGCUCUGCUCUCAAACCUCACGUCUCUCACCACUCUAAGGCUAGAGGUGUGCACAAAUUUAACAGCGGACGGAUUCAAUCCUCUCAUCGCAGUGAACCUCAAAGAACUGCAAGUGCGUUGGUGCAACACCUCUACCUUAGCAGCAGAUCUGCUUUCAGAGGUGGCCGAAUUAUUGCCUGUUGAAAGUUACAUCUCUAGAUUGGAGGUACUCGUCGUGGAAGACAUAUCUGGAUUGCUUGUUGCUCCUAUUUGCAACCUCCUCGCCCCGGCCCUCCACACACUUGAAGUCUGGUCUGAUUGGGGGACGGAAAGCUUCACGGAAGAGCAAGAGAUAGCGCUGCAGCUCCUCACCUCCCUCCAGACACUAAGUUUUUACUCCUGAAAGGGUCUCCGGCCGGUUCCUUCCUCAAGGGUUACAUCGCCUUUCCUCUCUCGAGGUGUUACGCGUGUCCAAAUAUCCGGUGAUGCCCGAGGGCAUCCCGGUUUCGCUGAGAAAACUACAGAUGGAUGGUCGCAUCGCUGAGAUUAACGAGCAAAUUAAGGAAAUCAAAAGAACCAACCCAGAUUUAUCCGUAACUAGACCCAAGGCUUCUGUCGUUCCCUAUGUAUGUGAAAUAAAAAAGGGGCGUUUGAGACAUGACUCACUCACUUGGUACCGAUAACAACAAGACUCGAAUCAUAGGUGCAACAACUGAUCGAGGCUGGAAUCAUGGAAUUGUCAGGCUUGUGCUCCUCUUUCGCAUGAAGCAGCAGGACUGAUCGCAGCAAGGAAUAGAGAGGAAUUAAACGUCAUGGUUCUGCUAAUGCCCGAGGACCGUAAAAAUAUAUAUUCCCUGCCAGCUCUGAGUCUGAGGCCACGACCGUAGUGUGCAUCUUCGGCCUCAUCAUCACAGAUCCUGCUGGUUAGUUGCUCCAUGGUGCUUCAGCCUUCAGGUGACUCCGGCGGACGUGACCAAUAAUUAGUACCAUUGUGCUGUGGCGCCCAAGGAAAGGAAGAAUAACAACUCUCCAAUGGCCAUCUAAUUUCUCCAUGCUGAAGUGAAAUCGGAGCAUCUGAUUUUUACUUUAUCAUCUGGUGUUUAUAGAGCAAAAGGGGUGUAUAUAUCAUUACUAAGAGUGAAACAGCUGGUUUUACAGCUCCUGUUUGUGUUCUGAAACUUCUCCCAGCAAAGCCAGAAGAGCAAAAACUGCAUGCAAAAUUGCAAAUGCAACAAACAGGCAGGUAAAAAAAAGCACAUCUCAUUACAGCUCAGUCAUGUAAAGGCCAUCAUGUAUAUAUAUCAGCAUCAUGUAUAUAUAUUCACCUGAUUUUGUAUGCAUGUCAUUUAUAAGAGGUUCAUUCAGAACCCCGUGUGUGUUCUAAUUGGUUCAUUGUUUCCUCGA